AUGGCUUCUGCAUCAUCUUCAUCGCAGUCCCUCGCGAACCCAGCCCAAAUCGGCUUCGCCAAGGCUUCCUCCUACGACAAAUACCGACCAGCCUACACUGACGAGGAGGCUGACAAACUCCUCACAGCUCUGCAGCUGACCGGUCGACAGGGAGCAAAAGUCCUGGACCUGGCUGCCGGAACGGGCAAGUUCACCGAAGUCCUGGCUGCUCGUCCGGAGGGGUUUGGGACCGUCGCCGUUGAGCCGCAUGAUGAUAUGCGCGCUGAGUUGGAGAAGAAGGCCCUGCGAGGGGUUCAGGUGCUCAAGGGAUGGGCGAGCAGUAUUCCUCUUGAUUCGCAGAGUGUGAAUGCGGUUGUUGUGGCUCAGAUAGUAGAUACUGUUGUCGAUACUGAAAUUGUCAUCUCUAUGCUCGGACUGAUGCUUGUGUUGCAGGCAUUUCAUUGGUUUGCCAACCUCGAUGCAUUGAAGGAGAUCCACCGGGUUCUCAAACCUGGAGGUCGUUUGGGAUUGAUCUGGCAUAUUGAAGACUACAACGCCCCUCUAUCCUGGCAACCGACAACGAAGUGGGAAUCUCAGAUCAAAGACAUCGUCUUCGACUUUGACGACAACCAUCCUCGCUUCCGGCACGAUGUGUGGAGGACCAUCUUUAACGAAGAAGACCAACACCUCUUCGCCAAACCCCUGAAUGAAUGUCAACUUCCUUUCACCAUCUUCCUGCCCAAGAUCACCCUCUGGGACCGAUUCCGUACUCUUAGUCAAAUUGCGAUUUUGGAGGGUACUGAGCUUCAGAAUGUCCGAGAUCGAUUCGAUGCGGCGCUGCGGGGCGACGAUGUCGAAGUCAAUGAAGCGGGUGAGGAUCUCCAGACUCCCGACAACUUCAACUCGAUCGGAGAACCUCCCGCAAUCUGCGACAAACAUCGACAUCCACACAAUGCUUCCUCAUCGAAGCAGUGCCCGGCGAAUACCGGGCCUCAUCAGGCCUCUACGACCGCCCCGCGGUCACAGGAGUCCUCUGUCCGGGCCCCGACUGUUCACCAACAAAUCCCAACUUCUCCUGAUCACAGCUUCGCCGAAUCGUCCUCAGCUGCCCUUCCUUUCCCCGCUGGCUGGCAAUCGCCCUCUUCCACCGUGGUCGACCCAUCUCCGACAGCACUUUGCCAGACUAAUUUCCACCGAGCGGCGCGAUUACUACAAACGCCGCAUCACGCGCGGCUUGAGAGUCGCGCUUACCGUCUAUCUGAUCCUUUGUAUGAAGAGAUCGAGCACAAAUGGCCCACACCGCCCGAGUGGAGCUGGAAGACCCGCUGGUGUCUGCGCUCGGCAGAGGCGCUUCAACACCCGGAGGAAAUCGGCAAGCUGAUGACCAGCUGGCCGAAGGUUGCGGGAUACUUGCGGGAGGUGAUCAAACGGCUCGAGGACCCGGAAGGGGAAGGGAAAGGGAUCCGGGAGCAGGGCGAUGGUGGCUUUCUGGUCGAGGGGGUCGGGAAAACCGGGUAUGAUGUGUCCAUGAAGAGCGAGCCGUGGAGAAGAGGAUAUUUCCAGGCCCUGAUGGGUGCAGCUAAGGCGGCAGAAAACCUGGAGGGCUGGUUGACAGACUGGAAACUCCGUCUCUCUGCCCCGGCAGAGUACGUCGCUGGGCCCUCCAAUCCACAUCCAAAGCCUUCUCCAGCGGGGAAACCGCAGCUCCAGGAGGAAAACUGUGAACCGGCUUCAGAGCCCCCAGAGGUGUUCUACAUCAAGAUUCUUACUACCAAUGGCUUCAGCACGAAGCAGAAAGUCGACGCCGCCCUGGCUUACGCCGACUGGUUGGACUACAAGGGCUUGAAAGGCACCGCACGGGACGUAUAUAACUGGGCGAUGGAUAUCGCUGCUGCGGGACUACCCUUUGACGCUGCUCGAGUGGUUGAUACCAAGACUGGGGUAUUGAAAAACAAUAACCAAGACAUUGCUUCGGAGAACAUCAUGAGGGUAUCCACUGCGCUCGCGGUCCACCAUGCGCGAUCUGGAGACCUCCAAACCGCGCUAUCCAUCUUCACCUCCGUUCUCAAAGCCCGACGCAGGCUGCCAGAAGACCCCAGCCCCAAACCGCGACGCCCGGCUUCCCAACCCACGGGUCACUUUCCUUUCAGUGAUCUAGUGAACAAGAUCAAGACCAUCUUGGUCCCUGUCAAGUACCCUGAUGCGCCGCCAUCUGGAAAUGACCCACCCGUUCGGACUGUUGGCUCCGCCUGCGAGGAAGCAGGGUUGAUGACCUACAUUGGGGAGAUUAUCUACGCGACAUCCUCUCGAGAGAACGGUCUUGCGUGGACCCGGGAUGCGGUGGACAUGGCCGAAACCACUUUUAUGGAACUCAGCAAUGACCGGGAGGAUGCUGCAGCCCGAGAGCGAUGCAUCCAGUGCUUGAAAGUUGGCCUCGACAAUUGGAAGACCAUGGUCCAAAAGCAGGUUGCAAAGGCUCAGAAGGAGGAGCAGGAAGCCAAGAAGAAGGCUGAAAAGGCCUGGUAUGGCGGAGAAAAGCGCGUCCAGGCGAAGACGCAAGAGCGGAAGCGAUGGGAGGCCGAGGAGAUGAUUGUCCAGGACCGCGCGAACCGAUUGCUACCGUUAAUCGACGACGCUGGCCUCCUGGGUCUGUGA